GGUUAGUGGAGGGAUUCUGAACACGUUCGCACAAGACAGCCCUGCACUCCCUAGUGGAGAGGGUUCAGGGAACGAUGGUGAGGCACCUGGUCUCCCGUCUGCCUGCCCUCCCUGUCUGCCUUGCCGUGGUCCAGCUGCUCAGCCCCUGCUCAGCUCAUUUUGCUGUGGUUGGACCCCCCAAGCCCAUCCUGGCCAUGGUGGGUGAAGACGCUGAGCUGCCCUGUCACCUGUUCCCGAACAUGAGUGCUGAGACCAUGGAACUGAGGUGGGAGCGACCCAGCCCCAGGCAGGUAGUGCAUACGUUUGCACACGGGCAGGAGGACACGCCGGCAGCACAGUUUCGAGGGAGAACUUCAAUUUUAAGAGAGGACAUCACUGCGGGGAAGGCUGCUCUCUGGAUUCGGGACAUCAGAGCAUCUGACAGAGGAACCUACCUGUGUUAUUUCCGAGAUGGAGACUUCUCUGAAAAUGCCCUGGUGGAGCUGAAGGUUGCAGCACUGGACUCUGACCCCCACUUUGAAAUGAAGGGCUAUGGGACUGCAGGGAUCCGUCUACAGUGCACGUCUGCCGGCUGGUACCCGCAGCCCCAGAUCCAGUGGAGAGACGCCAGGGGACACAGCUUGUCUGCUGAGGGGGACACAGAGGCUGCAGACCCCCAGGGCCUUUAUGCGGCCUCAGCCUCUGUGAUCCUGGGAGGCAGCUCUGGGGAGGGGGUCUCCUGUGUCAUCAGAAACCCCCUGCUGGGCCAGGAGAGGUCAGCCAUGGUUUCCAUCCCAGGCCCCUUCUUCCAGGACGCGCAGCCCUGGAUGGUGGCCCUGGGCGUGACCCUGCCGGCUCUGUUGGGGCUCCUGGCGGGGGCGGGCUACUUCCUGUGGCGACAGCAGAAGAAGAUCCAGGCCCUGUCCCAGGAGAAGGAGAGGGCGCGAGAGGAGAAAGAAGCAGCUCAGACGGAGAAAGCAGCCGCUCAGGCGGAGAAAGAAGCAGCUCAG